AGCUCAGGGAUGCCCUUAGCUGGAACUGGAGGCUCCUCCAGUUGGUGCUGAAGCCAGUGUUUUCUGAGAGGGAUGGGCCAAGAGGAAGUGUGUGGGGUGGCAGGAGGCCAGAUUUUAUCAAGAUCAGGUUGGGACAGGUUCUGUUUCCCAAAAAUGACAAAUUGGAGGCCAGUAGGGUUCGCAUAUAAAUCCCUACCCUGAGUGUCUUGGCCGCUGUAUUCCCUCCUGGGUCUCUCCACCACCUGGUCUGGUGGCUCCAGAUCACAGGAGAGGUUUAAUGUCUGAGUGCAGACUGAAGUGGCUGUGUGAACCCUGCACACUUCCAGAGCAGGAUGCAGGCAUCGCCUUGCCAUUCCGAGAGGAUUCAAGAUGUCCAGUCCACUGGAAGAGGCUCUGGCUGUGAUGGUCUCCACCUUCCACAAGUACUCCGGUCAAGAGGGUGACAAGUUCAAACUCAGCAAGGGGGAGAUGAAGGAGCUCUUGCAUAAGGAACUGCCGAGCUUUGUGGGGGAGAAGGUGGAUGAGGAGGGACUAAAGAAGCUGAUGGGCGACCUUGAUGAGGACAGCGACCAGCAGGUGGACUUCCAGGAGUACGCCGUGUUUCUGGCCCUGGUCACCAUCAUGUGCAACGACUUUUUCCAGGGGUCCCCAGCCCGGCCCUGAAGCAGAGCGCUCCACACUCUGCUGUGUGUCUCCUGAGCCCAUAGGGCUCUCUAUUUUUUUUUUUAAUUUUUGUACUAAAUAAACUUUUGUUUGUUCAUUUGUG